AGAUUAUAUUUGGUAAUUUGGAGAAGAUGGCUUUCGCUCCUUUCCGCAGAAUAACUGGGGUUUUUGACUAUUUUGGGCCAAGGGCGACACAAGACAUUUCGUUUGUAAGAUUGUUCAAAUAUUCAUCAACUGUUUACUAUUCAGGGGAAUUAAAUCCAGUACGAAAAUUUGACAAAGCUGCAAACGAAAAGAAGAAGAGGUACUCAGUUGCAAUCAAAGCUUUAAAGAAGCAGAUUGAGGAGUCUAAAACACCACAGGUCACAGUUGAAUCUGUGUACAAGAUUUUACCUAAGGCUAAAAAAUAUGUUCCAAAGUCAGAGAUACCAGUUCCAAGAUAUAUUUGGGAAGAGCAGCACUGGCCUGAUGGCUUUCCAUCUUCACCUGAAGAAGCAAAUGUGGAUUUAUUUACCUAUCUGGAACAAAGAGAUUGUUAUCGAAGGUUGAAGAAAAUGAAGUUUAAAAAAUUCUCUGUUGGAAGUUUUGUAGAAGUGACUUAUGCUGAUGAAAAUGCAACUAGUGGAUCUAACAGGUUUCGUGGAAUAUGCAUCUAUAAAGGUCACUGGCAGAACAGCUUAGGUGCAUCCUUUACUCUUAGAAAUGUCAUUGAUAAUGAAGCUUUGGAAAUCAACUUUCAACUCUAUUCGCCAUUAAUACAAGAAAUUAAAGUUCUGAAACAUCAAAGAUUUAAGGAACACCAGUUGAAAUAUUUACGAGACUAUCCACCAGCAUUCAGUUAUGUCAGUGAAAAAAUGAAAGAGCAACCAUAUACAGAAGAACCAGAACUUUUUGAGUUUAAUGAAGAACAUAGGAAGAAAAUAGAUAGAUGGUUCGCUAGAUUUAAUCAAAGAAAAUUGUAG